AUGGACGUUAAGUAGGAACAAUAAAUCCUCAGUUUUUGAAACCGCAAAUAUUUUUGUCCCUGAGUUUUUUAAAUAUACGCGGUGUCUGCCUUUCCUUUUAUUUUAUGGUAAAUGAACUUAUUAUUUGUAAUAAAUAUACUUCAGCUUCAAUGUCAAUCGUCUGAUGUAUGUCAAAUUUCCAGUGGAAGCCGCCUUGGCAGUGAUCGUAUUCCUCGUCUCGACCAUUCUCAUCUGCUGCAUUGUCUCUUAUUUAAACCAAAUAAAACAGAUCUUCCGCCUGCUGAUGCCCUCCGAAACCAAGGGUCAUUACCAAGAUCCGAGUACAAUCCAUGCUUACGUUGUAAAUCGAAGCCAUGUCUGCAGUGAUUUGAGCAAAUGUAGACGACAUUCAGCGCCAGUUUGGAGAAGGUCCACCACUUUGGAGAGCAUUUUCAACUUAAAUCCUAGGAUUAUGUAUUCAGAAGAGGAGCUGAGUGAUCGGGACGACGAUCAGUACGAGGGAGAAGGGUAUGAUAUGGUUGACCUUAGGCCGAACAAGGAUGUGUGCUAUGUGAGCGUUGUAUAAAUUUCAUAUUAUUGUAUGCAUAUAGCAAUGGGAAGUGAUCAAGGUGCGAUGGUCAAUGUUUUGA